AUGUUCUCGAACGUUCAUGAAAAUUCUGUGAUCGUUAGCAGCAGCAACACACAUGUGAUCCUGCCUGAAAUUGAGAAGGGUCCAACCAAGCAUUUCCAACACGAAUCCGAUAUUUUCUUGUAUUUUAAUGAGGACCAUCAUCAUGGUCAUAAUUUUAUCUCGAACAAAUUUCAGGUAUAUUCGGCACAAGCCAAUGGUCCUCUCUUGAAAGAAGUGAACUUUACUCCUCAUCCAUUGAUCAUGUGUUGUUCCGAAGCGUAUAGUCAGCAUUAUCCGUUAAUUCUCUCUCCUGACGAUAUUUGGCUUCUCAUUGCUCAGGGUUUUGCCAAACAUGUUGAAAUUCAUUCGAAACAAUUACGAUCUCAAUUCAUUUCUGAUAAUUCUGAAUGCGAGUUGAAAGAAACCAUGAAGCAUUCUCUUGGAACAGCUACGAGUUCUCAAGAGUUAGGAAAAAUUCCAAUUACUGUCUACUUGGAACCCUAUAUACAAAAUAAGAAUGAUCACUCUAGUUGCAAUGUUUUUAAACAAGUGGAUUGGAAAGGAGUUGUGAAUGAAAUUGUUUCAAAAGUGAACGCACAUUUGAUUGGAGAUACCCUCCAAUGGUUACAAUGCAAUUUCACAACAUCGACAUACAUUGAAAAAACAUGCUCUGAAAUUGUCAUGAUGAGUGCACUAAAAAAUUACUUUUCCUACCGUAACAUGUUCAAGUGUGGACUGCCUAGUGUGACCUUACUGGGCACCUUGCAAGAUUGGGAAAGUAUUAAGGAACGAACUUUGCAAUUGGAACAAUAUGGAAUGCAAUUUUGGAUCAAAGCAUUGAUUCCCAUUUUAGAUCAAUUCAUUGAGACAUACAAAUUCAACUCUACGAAUGACAACCCUCUUCCAAACUCUUUAAAAAAGUUUUGGAAUUCCAUUGCACUAAGCAAAGUAAAAAGUGGCUCCACCAAAGUCACUGGAUGGAUCUCGUACUUUUUCCCAUACAAUUCACAGAAUGAAAUUUCGGCCGAUUUGCAGAACCUCUCCGAACACUUCUUAGAUCAAGUCGAUAUUCAUGCAUGGGGAACCAAUGCCAGCGAAUUUCCUUCUGGGUUAUCCUCUGUAGAUGUUGCCGUUGAAAAUAGUCCAAUAGCCAAUGUCCAUUCUUUGAAAUAUAUGGCAGGCUUUUUAGGAUAUGAUUAUGAUGAAACUUGGAAGGGAUUGAAACCUCGAAUGGGUUGGGUCAUUGCUUCAGAAAAAAAGAAAUAA